AUGCUUGCAAUUGGAAUGGGAGGUGAAGAGACUCAAAGAAGAAGCUGCAAGCCUGCAACUCUUCGUGAGAAGUUAAAAUCUAUAAAAACGAUGAUUAAAGAGAAACUGUUCUUGUACUUCGGCUACAAGUCCUUCAACAUUCUCAAACAUGAGAAAUUUUCGAACUACUUUCUGUUUCACCCACUAAAGAUCGCCCAUCGUUAUACACUAAGCUUGCCAAUAAAUAUUUUUGAUGCUACAAUUCAUUCGCACAAAAUGAUCACUCCUUACUCUCCUUUGUAG